GACCAAGGGGGCGUCUCCCCGGCUUCUUGCGGCGUCGGUGGCGAGCUGAGGUGGAGGCAGGCUGCGGUGGCGAAGGCGACAGCGGUGGCGGCGGCGCCAUGGCAGGGCUUGCAGGAUCCCUGCUGCCUUGGUGAUCCCGGGCUGACAGCCAGAAAGCACAGCGGCUCAGCUCCUGGAGCGCGAGGGUUGAAGAAAGUGGUGGGCAGCCGCCUGCGCCCACCAGCUCCCAUUAGGUCGGUUCCUGCAGCGGUGCCCGGUGGCCUUGGCGAAGGCCCUGUCCGGCAGAGAUCAUGUAUUGCCUCCAGUGGCUGCUGCCCGUCCUCCUCAUCCCCAAGCCCCUCAACCCCGCCCUGUGGUUCAGCCACUCCAUGUUCAUGGGCUUCUACCUGCUCAGCUUCCUCCUGGAACGGAAGCCUUGCACAAUUUGUGCCUUGGUUUUCCUGGCAGCCCUGUUCCUCAUCUGCUAUAGCUGCUGGGGAAACUGUUUCCUGUACCACUGCUCCGAUUCCCCGCUUCCAGAAUCGGCACACGACCCCGGCGUUGUGGGCACCUAACAGCCAGCCCAGUUAGCUUUCCAAGGAAGCAGAAGACGGGAGGGGAGGCACUGACCUAGGUCAUAAAGCGUUGGAGUUUCAAAUCCCGCAGCCCUGCGGGUGCCACAUUCCUGACGGCGCCUUUUUGGCCUGUGAUGUUUUAUCCUUAUAAUGUGAAUAAUGGCACUGACCAGUGCUUUCGUUGUAGAGUCCUGUAGUCGUGGGUGGUCUUGUGGUUGUGUGUGUUCUGUCCCCAUCUUGGCCCCUGGCUGGCAGGAUGGCCACCCCCCUCGCCUCAUUCCUUCGAGGAGUCUGCACCCAUCCUGGUCAGCCGCCCCAGCAUGACCCGGGCAGAUAAGAUGCUAUUCUCAUUGUCACCUCUGUGACCCUUUCUUGUCAGGGGGUCCUUCCUUCUCAGAAUGUUUCUGACUCCAUCCCUCUCUUGGCUUCCUGUUAGUUUUCUUCUACCCCUUUCCUUUUUGGGGGAGCACCUGUCCAAGACAGGGCUCGUUUUUUUGCACUUAUCUCGAAUUUAAAGAGAUUGCUGACGCCCGAGAGCCUCGCUUUUUCAUCCUUUUUCCCGGCCAGCAGACUGGACAGAAAUGUGUCUUGACUGCUGUCCACAGAUCUUCAGUAUUCCCCUGCCCCACUUCAUUUUGAAGAAAGAAGUAACACAUGCAUGUUGCUCUUUCACCUGGGGGUCUGGGCUCCUGCUCAGCAGCCCAGCUUCGCUUCCUUUGCCCUCCUCCUGCCUUUCUCAGCAGUCAGGGAGGCGGGGGGGUGCGUUCUCUCUCCCAUGCAUGCUCUGCAGGAUUGAUGUGUGGUGUGUUUACGUAGAUCUAGCAGUCCCCAGCCGAGUGAAUGGGAGAGUACUUGUGUGUUUCAUAACAGCCAUGAUCCCCUUGAUAGGUGUUUGGAUAUUUUUUGGUGUGGUGUGCCGUGCGUGCAUGUGUGUGUGUAAACGUACCUGUACAAGUACGUGUGUGAUAUCCCUUUUAAAGAAGCUUUAUCGAGCGUGUUCUGAUUUUGAGGUGUGGCAAUAGCUAGCUAUAGUAGGUGCCGCUCCAGUUUUUAUUUAGCAUGGGGAUUGCAGAGUGACCAGCACGCUGGACUCCGAGGUGGUUCAGACGAAACAGAGGGGAGCAGUGGCCAUCGUCCUCGUGCCAGGAGCUUCUCCAGUCCUGCGCGUAUAGACUGUACGUUGUGAAGAAUGCACGGGAAGACUUUGUGACUGUCACUUGCUUUUUUUCUUUUUCUGCGCUUCAGUAAAAGAGUUGGCAAACGAGACUGUCUCCGGGCCCCUGCCCCCUGGGGAUCAGCAUGACUGUCCUUCCAGUCUAAACCAUCCGUCUUUCUCUUGCCUGAAGGGGGAGGGAGGUGGGCCAGGCAGAGGACAGACCUGGAGGCAGUCCAUCUAGGGAAUGGGCCCGUGAGGCCACACUCGUGGAACAUUUGGAUUGCUAUUCUGGAGCUUUUAUUUCUGGUGUGUUCGUUGCACAGCUGUUUGAAAUGUUUAAUAAAGCUUUAUAAACUUUA